AUGCUUUAUUUGAUUGGGCUUGGUCUAUCGUACCAAUCUGAUAUUACAGUUCGUGGUUUGGAAGCUAUCAAGAAAUGUUCUAGAGUUUAUUUAGAACACUACACCAGCAUCUUAAUGGCUGCCAGCCAAGAAGAGUUAGAAGAUUAUUAUGGCAAGGAAAUCAUUUUGGCUGAUAGAGAAUUAGUCGAAACUGGUUCCAAGCAGAUUUUGAACAACGCUGAUAAGGAAGAUGUCGCAUUUUUGGUUGUGGGUGACCCAUUUGGUGCUACCACACACACGGAUUUGGUUCUUAGAGCCAAACGUGAGAAAAUUCCUGUUGAAAUCAUCCAUAAUGCCUCCGUCAUGAAUGCUGUAGGUGCAUGUGGACUGCAACUAUACAAUUUCGGCCAAACAGUUUCCAUGGUUUUCUUCACUGAUAAUUGGAGACCUGACUCAUGGUAUGACAAAAUCUGGGAAAACAGAAAAAUUGGUCUUCACACUUUAGUCCUUCUGGACAUUAAGGUGAAGGAACAGAGCAUUGAAAAUAUGGCCCGUGGCAGACUAAUCUACGAACCACCAAGGUACAUGUCCAUUUCCCAGUGUUGCGAACAGUUAUUGGAAAUUGAAGAAAAAAGAGGUACGAAGGCAUACACUCCAGAUACUCCUGCCGUUGCAAUCAGCAGAUUGGGUUCAAGCACCCAAAGCUUCAAGUCUGGCACUAUAAGCGAGUUAGCAAAUUACGACUCGGGCGAACCGUUACACUCAUUGGUCAUCCUCGGCAGACAAUGUCAUGAAUUGGAGCUGGAAUACUUGUUGGAGUUUACUGACAAUAGAGAAAAGUUCGGGAAGGAUGUGGCAAAUGACCAAGAAUAUUUCAAGCCUGCAGCAUGGGUUCCGCCACCAGAAGACAAUGAUGAUGAGUAA